AUGGAUGAGCUCACGGCGCUGGUGGCCGCGGAAGAGGCGCCCUCGGAGCUGCAGGGCGCCUGGCGCCAGGUGGCGACCAUCCUCAAAGAGGCGUCCUGCAAGGUUGCGGACCUGCUGGCAGUGGCGAGCUCGGCCCAAAGUGAGUCGGGCCCAGCCCAAGCAGAGAAGCUGCUGCACGAGCUGCUGCAGAGCUGGAACCGCCAGCUCCUCGCGCUGCCCAAAGGCGGCUGCGCUUUGCUGCCCCUCGCUUGGACGCCUUUUCGCGCGCCGCGCGCGGCGGCGCUCGCGGUGCUGCGGCGGGAGGGAGACAAAGGUGCCUUUGCGCUGCUGAACUUGGCAGGCAGUGGGGCGGAGUACCACCUGCGUCAGCUGCGGGGCCCACUUACGCGGCCCCGGCUCUGCUGCUGCCCGGUGGUGGCUAAGGCACCCUGGAGCCCGGCACCCAGAGGCCCAGAGGUCUAG